GUUUGAUGACGUAAUUUGACAUUGGUAUGGGAGCACUCGUGAAAAGUUGCUAACUAGCUAGCUUGUAAGGUCCAACCAUGGCUCUUAUUUCAAGAUCAUGCAGUGGGUUCCUCGCACAACUGUCAUCACUGACGCUUCACAAGGCUUUCAGUGUGUCAACAGCCGCAGCAGCCAUCCAGAAAAUGACCAGGGUUCGUGUUGUUGACAACAGUCCACUGGGUAGUACCCCAUGGCACCGUUCCCCUAGAGUCAUCCACGUGUACACCAAGAACGGAGUGGGCAAGGUGGGCGACCGCGUUCUGCUGGCCAUCAAGGGAGGGAAGAAAAAAGCUCUUAUCGUUGGCCACAAGAUGCCCGGAGAGCGGAUGAACCCGCGUUUUGACUCCAACAACGUUGUCCUGAUUGAAGACAACGGUAACCCUACGGGAACUAGAAUUAAGGUUCCACUACCGACACACUUGCGUAAAAUGGAGGGAGACUAUUCCAAACUGUUGGCCAUCGCUAGCCGGUUUGUGUAGUUCUGUAACAGGGCGGCAGGGUAGUCUAGUGGUUAGAGAGUAGGGUCGGCAGGUAGCCUAGUGGUUAGAGUGUAGGGGGGAAGGUAGCCUAGUGGUUAGAGUGUA